AUGCUUAUGAUUGUGCCAGAGCACAUUUUGAACAACACCAUGGGAAUUUCGGAUUUUACACAGGUGGUUGGAUGUUACACUCUGGAAAUGGAAGGAAGGACUUCUUUCGGGGCCACAGCCCCGCCCUUCAUUGACUACCUGAAAGAUAUUCUACGUCGAUAUCCAGAUGGUGGACAAAUUUUGAAGGAGCUGAUUCAAAAUGCAGAUGAUGCUCGAGCUACAGAAGUGGUAUUUAUCCAUGAUGAGAGAAGCUAUGGGACUGAGAGCAUUUGGACUGAAGAACUGGGAAAAUACCAAGGUCCUGCUCUCUAUGCCUACAACAAUGCUGCAUUUACUGUUGAAGACUGGCAAGGAAUUCAGAUGGCUGGAAGGAGUGUGAAGCGUGAUGACCCAAGCAAAGUUGGGAGGUUUGGAAUCGGCUUCAACUCUGUUUACCACAUAACAGAUGUGCCAAGUAUAUUGAGUUCAGAGCAUCUUGGCAUGAUGGAUCCCCAAGAAAAAGUAUUUGGAGAGAGAAAUGGAGGGUUUCGGUGGUCUUUGGAUGAUUCUGAAGACCAAGAAGUUCUGCUGAAUAUGCAUGAUCAGUUUCAACCAUUUAGAGAUAUAGUCUCACUUGUAUGUGAACAUGGAUGGUCAAAAGUUGUCAUGGAGGAUCAGCACUUCAGUGGGACAAUUUUUAGAUUUCCUUUACGCAAUGAAGCAUCAGAUCUUUCAAAC